ACUCUCAAAAGAAGAACUAAACAUAGCAAUCCAGCUAUAUAUUGAUGACCUUGAAAUUGCUAACCCUCUUGGCACAUCACGAAAAAUUUACAAAAUUUGUGCAUUAUACUGGGUCAUUGCCAAUCUGCCGCCCAAAUACAGAUCAGCAAUGCACACUAUACAACUGGCUGUGCUUGCUAAAGUAACGGACCUCAAGAAGUAUGGGUAUGCAGCUAUACUUGCUCCAUUUGUGCGAGAUGUUCACAUUCUUGAACAAGAUGGUGUGUUCAUUGAAUCGUUAGGUCAAAAUGUGAAAGGCACCAUCUUUUGUGUUUCUGCUGACAAUCUGGCUGCUCAUGGAUUAGGUGGCUUUAUAGAGUCAUUCAAAGCAGAGUAUGUUUGCAGAUUCUGUAUGGCCACAAGUGAACAGUUUCAAAAAACUGAAGUGAGAGUGGAAAAGUUUGUUCCAAGAUCCAAAGCCAGUCAUGACCUUCAUGUACAAAACGUCCUAGAAAGUGACAUUCUGAGCAGCCAAUUUGGUGUCAAAGGUGAUUGUGUCUUGCAUGAGACCCUGAACUACUUCCAUCAAAUCACGGGUCUUCCUCCAGAUAUCCUUCAUGAUCUUCUGGAAGGUAUUGUUCCCGUUGAGCUUUCUCUUUGUAUUAAAGAAAUGAUUCGGCUGAAGUACUUCACUUUAGAGUAUUUGAACCAAAAGAUAUCUUCCUUUCCAUAUCAGCACACUGAUAAAGUAAACAAACCUAAGCCUAUUCCUAAGACAUUCAUGACUCGGAGAACAAUCGGAGGUAAUGCGCAUGAAAAUGCCACUCUGCUCAGACUACUGCCAUUACUUGUAGGUAGUAAAGUGCCAGAGGGCAAUGCUGUAUGGGCAGUUUUGAUGGAAUUAAAAGAAGUGGUGGAACUAGCAUUGUGCCCAUCUUUUACUGAUGAAACCUUGGAUUAUUUUGUGUGCAAAAUCAGCGAUCACAGACAGAUACUGCAAGAGGUUUUCCCUCACUUUAGGCUGCGUCCUAAACACCACUAUGUGGAACAUUACCCCAACCUUGUUAAGUGCUUUGGACCCCUGGUACAUGUUUGGACGAUGCGAUUCGAGGCCAAACAUCGCUUCUUCAAAAGAGUGGUCCAUGACUCUCAAAACUUCAAAAAUAUAUUGAAAACACUCGCAAUCAGUCACCAGCACAUGAUGGCAUAUCAUCUUGGUGCACCCUCAUUUUUCAAGCCGAAAACCCAAACAUCCAGUGUUGAAACUGUCUGGGUUUCUGCACUACCAGAGGUAGCUCAGGCUCACAUUAGAGGACUUACUGCUAAUGAUACUGUCUACCAUACAUCAAAGGUGAUAAUUGAUGGCAUCGACUAUAUCAGUGGAAUGUUUGUGUCAGUUGGAGUUAGUGGGGGACUGUCUAAAUUUUGCAAACUAGAACAGAUCUACCUUGUGAAUCAGAAUGUUUCUUUUCUCUGUUGUGAUUUUGACUCCUGGUAUGUUGAACAUCUUCGGUCUUAUGAGCUUUCAGCCACACAUUGCCUGUCCAUCCACCAGCAAUCUGAUUUCAAUGAUUCUGUCCCACUCUCUGCAUACCAAAUAGAAGGAUUGCUGCUGUUGACUCCGAAGAGGUUCCUACAAGUGAGACAGAAUUGAGACUACUCAUUGUGCAAUGGCAGCUGAACCUUCAGAAAUGAUCCUCCGUGUCAUUGAGGCAGACCGUGUUAUAAAAUUAAAACUCAGCUCCCGGCCUAGCUCUGUUGACCAACUAAUCAACAUUUUGAAACACAAACUAGAAUUGGACAAUGACUUUAGCUUACACUAUGAAGAUCCAGAUUUUGAUGGGAAACUCACUUCACUAGUGGACAUUAACGAGUUGCCACAAAAAGCUGUUCUUCAUAUUUCCCUUUCAAAUGAUUCCAGCUCUGUUGCAUCAACUGAAACACUCUCAGACGUGUCAACACCGGAACGUCUUAGCAGAUGGCCUUCAGGUCCUUUUCCGAUUCCAUCAUUUUCAUUUGUUGUUGAGGUAAUGCUUACAGAAGGCAAUAGGGAAUUUGAGAAAAAUGGAACCCCUCUUCGGCUGGCUAGAGACCAAAAGCAUGACAUUCUUGAGCAACUUGCUUCUACUAUAUAUGGUUUUAAGGCUUACCCAAGUGACAAAGAGUUAGCUAAGGCAGCUGAAGCUCUUGUGGCCAAACAUCCAUGUUUAAAGGAAGCAGGAUCUGACACUGGAUGGAAUGGCUGGAAAAACAGCAUCAAGUUUAAAAUGGGUAACUACAGGACCAAGAUGAGAAGGGUCGGCUGUAAAGAGGUCACCGUAAAUGCUGGAAAGAGAAGCCGAAGAAACCCUGACAAUGAACCUUCACACACUAACAUCAAAAGGCCCAAGCGGGCAGAAGUUAACUUUCUGCCAAACUUUCCCAAAGGAGAAGAUUCCUCAAGUCUCGAACAUUUGAGGGAUCUUAUUGUUGAAGAAUUAAAGAAGACUGAGAGAAACCUUCCUCUCAUUAGUAAGAUGAUGCAGACCACAUUUGCCUUGCGGCGACAGACAAUAGUGAUGUCCUGCCCACCAGUGAAACAGCUCUUGGACCUGUGGCCUGCUCUUCGCAUGCAGUCUGAGGUGUUUGCAGAGUUCCAGCGGAUAACUAACCAGAACCUGUCUAACACAUUCUAUGCCGAACUUGAUCGCCACAUUCCUCGUUUGAUGGCUUUAUUCCGACAAAAGGCUUCUAGAACUGGAAAGAAUGCAGAUGCUUUGGCUGAAAUUUUCAAAGUCCAUGAUGAACAGGUAUUACAUGAUAUCCACUCAAGGCGUACCACUGUUCUCCAUGCCCUUCCUGUGUAUCUGCGUGAAGAUACCUCCGGAUUUUUCCAAACAUGUGUGGAUGGUUUGGAUGAGCCAGGUUUUGGGGAUGCGUCAGUUGCUCUCCUUACAACACUCAGCGACAAUUCAAUGAGUCGAGUUCACUACCAACCAGAGAAAAUCUCAGUUGUCCUAGAGGGUGAAGUGGUGGCCACCCUCCCGAGACUCGCUGAUGCCUUUCUGGUAAUGUUCGGCCUUACCUAUGCACUACAUCUCAGCUAUCCCAAAGGACUGACCAACACCUUCGAAUUUGCUCAGAAAAUUUUACUUGGUCUGGAAGAAUGUAAAUUGUCACCCAGACUGCAGUCGCUGAAGAAUGACUUGAUGGGACAAGUGUAGAACUGGAAGAUCUGAAAAGCAAUAAUGGAAUAAUCUGGCUCAUUCAGUUAAGAGCCUAAUCCAUAACAAAAAUAUGUUACUGUCUGUGUUAGCUGUUGUUCAACUAUUAAUGUUAAAAUUGCUGCUCUAUAAGCUGUCAAGCACUUGUUGCUACCUCACUGGUUUGCAGCCAGAUGGCACAGUGUGUGCAUAUGCAAUUUUUGUGUUUACUUUAAUUGUUAACUCUUCUUUUUGAUAUUGAAAUAUUUUUGUCCCAGUUUGUGAUGAAAAUGCAGAGCAUGAACGAAAAACAUGCUGAUGCCUUCUUGGUUACUUUUGGCCUCAUCUAUGUACCUCACAUUUCAGAUAUUCCAAAGAAUUGACCAAGACAAUUGAGUGCCUUAAAGAAUAGAGGACUCUCGAGUCUCACUGUUAAGAGCCACAACAUAAACAUGUAAAUUGUCUGUGUUGAUUGAACUGUUCUACUGUUGAUGUUCAAAUUGCUGCUGUACUCUAGGUUUUUAGCCACCUUGCACAAAUUACACACUGACUUUGUAAUUUUACAUUUUAAAAUGAAACAUUGCCAUUUUUACGUAGAUGUUGAAGCAGUAUUUAUGGUCAAUUUUGUCCAUUCAAGCAAUAAUUUCCUCAGUGCUGCUAUAUUGAUCAAGAAAAAAGGAAAUGUUAUGGUCUUCCUCUCACAGAGCUAUGUAGGCUAUGCUCAUGUCCACAACAUCACUGUGACAUCACUAAUGCAGGAACAACAGAUUUAGCAGUUAGGGCGAUAUGGCACACACUAAGGAAUUUAUUGUGCAAAUUGCCUAUAUUUACCGGAAAUGCAGUGGCAAUGUUUCCUUUUAACAUUAUUGUGAAAUGGGUUGUAAUAAGAGUUAUGGUAGAUUUAAACCAAAAGUAGCUGCUGCCUUACAUGUAGACUAAAAGGUUUACAAAAAUGGCCCCAAUUGUGCCUUUGCAAUUGUUGUUUUUUAUGUAAAUGUGUCUGUUUGUUUUUAAAUAUUCUUUUUGUUGCAGUCUUUGCAAGACAACCUUUUGGAAGGGUAAAAAAGGCUAACUUUGAUGUUUGAAAUUGUACAAGUUGGUAGUACUAGUAGUUUUUGGAGUUUCAUAAAGUCAAUUGUUUUGAUUUGCACUAAAUGGAAAUAUUGGAAAAUAUACUAAUAAACAUUGAGUUUAUUGAACACAAAAAUACUUGGUGUCUAUACUUUAAACUAUUCAGUUGAGCUAACUUAUUGCAUUGAGCAAUGUAAAUACAUUUUU